AUGCGUGGCUCACUUAUCCUGGAAGAUGGUUCCAUGUAUGCUGGCACUGUUUUUGGUGCCGCAAAAAAUUUAUGCGGUGAAGUUGUUUUUCAAACUGGUAUGGUUGGUUAUACCGAAUCACUGUCAGAUCCAUCCUAUUCCGGUCAAAUACUUGUGUUAACUUAUCCAUUAAUUGGAAAUUAUGGUGUUCCUGAUGAAAAGGUUUGUGAUGAAUUUGAUAUACCACGUUGGGUUGAGUCAAAUAAAAUUCAUGCAGCAGGAUUAAUUGUUAGCGCUUAUGCGGAAAACUACAGUCAUUGGAAUGCAUUUGAAUCAUUAUCAUCAUGGCUUAAACGACAUAAUAUUCCAGCUUUAUAUGGUAUCGAUACAAGAAUGUUAACAAAAAAAUUACGUGAAUGUGGAACAAUGCUUGGAAAAAUUGCUCUCGAUGGUUAUGAUCCAGAACAAAUCUCAUUCUAUGAUCCAGCUAAAGUUAAUCUUUUAACAAGCGUAUCGAUACCGAAACCUCGUGUGUAUAAUCCAUCUGGCAGUCCCUCGAUAGCAUGUAUUGAUUGUGGUAUGAAAAAUAAUCAGUUACGUAUACUAUGUACAUUAGGCGCAAAAGUUACCGUUGUACCAUGGAAUUAUCGAGUUAAACAAGAAGACUUUGAUGGAUUAUUUAUUUCUAAUGGUCCCGGUGAUCCACAAAUGUGUGAGGAGCCCAUUCAAACAAUAAAAUCAUGGAUUAGUGAAGAUAAUACUGUGAUCAAACCAGUAUUUGGUAUUUGUCUUGGCCAUCAAUUAAUGGCAAUUGCUAUUGGAUUGAAAACAUAUAAAAUGAAAUAUGGUAAUCGUGGACAAAAUUUGCCUUGUUUACUUGUUGGGACGAAUCGUUGUUUUAUUACAUCUCAGAAUCAUGGUUAUGCUGUUGAAACAUCAAAUGGUAUGCCAGAUAAAUGGAAUGUAUUAUUUGAGAACAAAAACGAUCAAUCAAACGAGGGCAUCAUUCAUAGUAAUAAACCGUUCUUCAGUGUCCAAUUUCAUCCAGAACAUUGUGCGGGACCCAAAGAUACGGAACACAUGUUUAAUAUAUUUGUUGAUACUGUAAAACGGUAUAAACAAAAAAUAAAUGAUAAUUUUGUAUUGAAGACAUAUUUAAUUGAUACUCUAAGUUGUUUUGUUGAUUCCAAUGCUCCAAAAGCAUAUUGUGCUCGUGCAAAAAAAGUAUUAAUAUUAGGAAGUGGCGGCUUGAGUAUUGGACAGGCGGGCGAAUUCGAUUAUUCUGGCUCACAGGCAAUAAAAGCAUUAAAAGAAGAAAACAUUCAUACAAUAUUGAUAAAUCCAAAUAUAGCAACUAUACAAACAUCAAAAGGUUUAGCGAAUAAAGUAUAUUUUUUACCUAUAAUAUCCUUUUAUGUUGAACAAGUUAUUAAAAAUGAGCGACCAGAUGGAAUAUUAUUAAGUUUUGGAGGGCAAACAGCUCUCAAUACCGGUAUUGAAUUACAUGAAACCAAUAUAUUAAAGAAAUAUGGAUGUAACGUACUCGGUACUCCGGUUGAAUCUAUACAAAUAACAGAAGAUCGAUCAUUAUUUGCUCAAAAAAUGUCAGAUAUUGGUGAAAAAGUAGCACCAUGUGAAGCAGCUGCUACGCUUGAACAGGCCUUGGAGUCAGCCGAACGUAUUGGUUAUCCUGUUUUGGUUCGAGCUGCAUUUGCUCUCGGUGGUCUUGGUUCUGGUUUUGCUCAUAAUGUCGAAGAGCUCAUUCCUUUGGUGUCGUCUGCAUUUGCACACACAUCUCAGUUACUUAUUGAUAAAUCACUCAAAGGUUGGAAAGAAGUUGAAUAUGAAGUGGUCCGUGAUCAGUUUGACAAUUGCAUUGUUGUUUGCAACAUGGAGAACAUCGAUCCGCUGGGCAUUCAUACAGGUGAAUCGAUGGUUGUUGCUCCAAGUCAAACAUUGACAAAUGAAGAGUAUAAUUUGUUACGUACUGUCUCCAUCAAAGUUGUAAGACAUUUGGGUAUUGUUGGCGAAUGUAAUGUACAAUAUGCGCUUGAUCCAUUGAGUAAGGAUUAUUAUAUCAUUGAAGUUAAUGCUCGUUUGUCUCGUAGUUCAGCGUUAGCAUCAAAAGCCACAGGUUAUCCAUUGGCUUAUAUAGCAGCAAAAUUGGCAUUAGGAAUGAGUCUAGUUGAUCUGAAGAAUACUGUGACCGGAUGUACGUGUGCUUGUUUUGAACCGAGUCUCGAUUAUUGUGUUAUUAAAAUACCAAGAUGGGAUCUAAAUAAAUUUGUGCGUUGUUCAAACAAAAUUGGUAGUUCAAUGAAAAGUGUUGGAGAAAUAAUGGCUAUUGGGCGAACAUUCGAAGAAACGUUUCAAAAAGCUCUCAGAAUGGUUGAUGAAAAUGUGAUGGGUUUCGAUCCAUACCAACGAGCAAUUAAGGACGAGGAAUUAUCAAUUCCAACUGAUAAACGUCCAUUUAUAUUAGCCACAGCACUUCAUCAAGGUUACACCGUAGAACGUCUUUGGGAGUUAACAAAAAUUGAUCGAUGGUUUCUACAUAAAUUUUCUCAUAUAAUUCAAUUUAUAAUUGAACGUAUGGAGAAAUCAUCCGCAUCUAUAUUAGAGAAUCGUGAUUUUUUAUUAGAUGCAAAACGCUUAGGUUUUUCUGAUAAACAGAUUGGAUACUAUUGUAACGAUACAGAGGUUGAUGUACGUUCUUCAAGAGAAAAAUAUAAUAUUCAUCAAUAUGUAAAACAAAUCGAUACGGUAGCCGGUGAAUUUCCAGCACAAACUAAUUACUUAUAUUUGACAUAUCAUGGUAGCGAAAAUGAUGUACAACCAAGUAGUUUAAAUCAGAAUAAACCAACCAUUGUUCUUGGUUCUGGUGUCUAUCGAAUUGGUAGUUCUGUUGAAUUUGACUGGUGUGCUGUUGGCUGCUUGAAUGAAUUAAGAAAUCUUGGACAUUAUACCAUUAUGAUUAAUUGUAAUCCGGAAACAGUUAGUACAGAUUAUGAUGUUAGUGAUCGUUUGUAUUUUGAAGAAAUAUCAUUUGAAUGUGUUAUGGAUAUUUAUAAUUUUGAAAAACCUUACGGUGUCAUCCUAUCAUUUGGUGGACAACUUCCAAAUAAUAUUGCCAUGGAUUUACAUCGACAACAAACAGUUCAUAUAUUAGGUACACAUCCAGAAAAUAUUGAUAAAGCUGAAAAUCGUUAUAAAUUUUCACGUGGUCUUGAAAAAAUUGAUAUUUUACAACCUCAAUGGAGACAACUAUCAGAUAUUGAUAAUGCAAGUAAUUUUUGUGAUGGUGUUCAAUAUCCAUGUUUAGUUCGUCCAUCGUAUGUUUUGUCUGGUGCAGCUAUGAAAAUUGUUUAUAAUAAAAAUGAUUUAAAAUCCUAUUUGAAUGAACAUGAAUUAUCUCGUGAAUAUCCUGUUGUCAUAUCAAAAUUUAUACUUGAUGCUAAGGAAAUUGAUAUUGAUGCUGUGGCAAAAAAUGGAGAAGUUGUUCGAAUGGCUAUAUCAGAACAUGUGGAAAAUGCCGGUGUUCAUAGUGGAGAUGCGACACUUGUAACACCACCUCAAGAUUUAAAUACAGAUACAAUAAACAAGAUAAAGACAAUUUGUUUUGCUAUUGCAGAAGAGUUGAAAGUUUCAGGUCCAUUCAAUAUUCAAUUGAUAGCUAAAGAUAAUGAAUUAAAAGUUAUUGAAUGCAAUGUACGAGUAUCAAGAUCAUUUCCCUUUGUAUGCAAAACAUUUGAUCAUAAUUUUAUUGCCGUAGCAACACAAAUAUUAGUCGGUGUAGAACCAGCCAGAAUUGAUAAUGUAUUAUUUCUUCAAUCUGAACGUGUUGGUGUCAAAGUACCACAAUUUUCAUUUUCACGUCUAUCAGGUGCUGAUGUUUUACUUGGCGUCGAAAUGAUGAGCACUGGUGAAGUAGCAGGUUUUGGUGUUGAUCGUUAUUCUGCUUAUAUGAAAGCGUUAUUAAGCAGUGGUUACUGUUUACCAAAGAAAAAUGUUUUAUUAUCGAUUGGAUCUUAUAAAGCAAAAAAAGAAUUAUUAAAUGCCGUUAAAACAUUAAAAGAUUUAGGUUAUGAAUUGUAUGCGAGUUAUGGUACAGCAGAUUAUUAUGAAACAAAUAAUAUUAAUGUUCAUCCAAUUGAUUGGCAAUAUGAACAGAAUGAAGAUUCAUCCACAAAUGGUAAUAGACAAAAAGAAUCAACAAUUAUAGAUCCAAAUCAACAACUAUCGAUUGCUGAUUAUUUAUCUAAUGGAGGAUUCGAUCUUGUUAUAAAUAUUCCUAUGCGUUCAGCUGGCAUGUUUCGAGCGUCAUCAUCAAUUCUAUGCACACAAGGUUACCGUUGUCGUCGAUUGGCUGCAGAUUUUAGUGUACCAUUGAUUACUGAUGUUAAAUGUGUUAAAUUGUUUGUUGAAGCAUUACGUCGAUGUAAUUGUAAAUUAAUAAACAUUAAUAUGUCUGUUGAUUGUUUAUCAUCGACAACCCUAGUACGUUUACCAGGAUUAAUUGACUGUCAUAUUCAUUUACGAGAGCCGGGUGAUGAACAUAAAGAAGAUAUUACUAGUGGAACAGCAUCUGCAUUAGCUGGUGGAAUUACGAUGAUUUGUGCGAUGCCAAAUACAAAACCGCCAUUAACAAAUGAACGCUCAUUAAAUCUGACUGAACGAUUGUAUCAGAAGAAAGCACUAUGCGAUUAUGGUCUGUAUAUGGGAGCUACUGCUGAUAAUGCGCUAGAAGCAAGUAGUUUGGCUUCACGAUGUGUUGGUUUAAAAAUGUAUUUGAAUGUCACAUAUGGCGAUCUUAAAUUGGAUAAAAUGGAAUCAUGGAUGAAACAUUUUGAAAAUUGGCCGCAUGAUAUUCCAAUUGUGGCUCACGCUGAAGGUCAAACAACAGCGAGUAUUAUAUGUUUAGCAGAAUUAUUUAAUCGUAGUGUACAUAUUUGUCAUGUGGCUAGACGCGAUGAAAUUCUUUUGAUACGUGCAGCCAAAUUAAAAGGUGUUCGAGUAACUUGUGAAGUAACACCACAUCAUUUAUUUUUACAUCAGAAUAAUACACAAUAUAUUCUUGAUUAUUAUGGAAAUUCAAAUGGAUUUCGAGAAGUAAAACCGAAUCUACAAACUGAAUCGGAUUGUCAAGCUCUCUGGGAAAAUUUAGAUAUUAUUGAUUGUAUAGCUACAGAUCAUGCACCACAUACAAAAACUGAAAAGUCAUUGAGUGACACAGCGCCACCAGGUUUUCCAGGUAUUCAGACAUCAUUACCGUUAAUGUUAACAGCUGUCAAUAAUGGAAAAUUAACAAUGCAACAAUUAGUCGAUAAAAUGUACACAAAUCCAAAACGUAUAUUUAAUUUACCUGAUCAAGACGAUACGUAUGUUGAGGUUGAUAUGAAUCAUAAAUGGACAAUUAUGGAUGAUGAAACGCUGUUAUCAAAAGCACAGUGGACACCUUUUAUUGGAAUGCCAAUGCGUGGUGCAGUUCAUCGAGUUGUAUUACGUGGUGAAGUGGUAUAUGUUGAUGGAAAAGUUUUAGCAGAGAAUGGUUUUGGUAAAAAUAUUGUUGAUUUACGAAAAAACUCCAAAUUACUGCCAUCAUUAUCUAUUGAACAGACAAAAUCUCCAAAAAGUACUGGAGAUGUUUAUUUGGCAAACUCAUCACAGAAUGAACAUUUUAUCAAUAUGAUACGACCUAAACACCGAAAUGUUAGUGAGUCGGACACUAACUUACAUGGUGAUAAUAGCGACGUAUUUCAACAUGUUAAAAAACAAGAUAGUUUCAAGAUUGGAUCGACUAUUAGUAUGGCUAAACAACAUGUGUUAAGUGCAUUAGGUUUAACUCGAAAUCAAUGUCGUGAAAUCUUUAGGCUUGCUCAUAAUUAUCGUAGUUGUCGAUUGUCACAGCGUUCCAUUGAACCUAUUUUGGCUGGCAAAGUAAUAACAUUAAUGUUUUUUGAACCAAGCACAAGAACGCAAUGUUCAUUUGCUGCCGCUAUGCAACGAUUAGGUGGCACAGUAAUAAAUUUUGAUAGUCAAACAUCAUCAAUUCAAAAAGGAGAAUCAAUAGAGGAUUCUGUACGAAUACUCGCCGGAUAUACCGAUGCUAUAGUCAUUAGACAUUCGGAAGUAGGUGCUGUACAACGUGCCGCUUCUGUUUCACGUAUACCCAUAAUAAACGCAGGCGACGGUAUCGGAGAACAUCCAACUCAGGCAUUACUCGAUGUGUUUACUAUAAAAGAAGAAAUUGGAAAGCUUGAUGAUAUUACUAUAACGAUGGUUGGUGAUUUGAAACAUGGGCGUACUGUUCAUUCUUUAGCCAAAUUAUUGGCGAUGUACAGUGAUAAAGGUAUUACGUUGCGUUAUGUUUCUCCACCAUCGUUGACGAUGCCAGAAGAAAUUAUGAGCUAUCUGAAGAAAGCUGGCAUUUCACAAAAAGAAUAUACGCUGCUAGAAGAAGCACUGCCAAAUACCGAUGUACUCUACAUGACACGAAUUCAAAAAGAACGUUUUUCUAGCGAAGAAGAGUAUAAAAAGUCAUCCGGAUUAUAUAUUGUAAAUCCGCACUUAAUGAGAAAAGCAAAAAAACAUGGUAAAAUGAUUGUUAUGCAUCCAUUGCCAAGAUUAGAUGAAAUAAGUACGACAUUCGACAAUGAUCCUCGUGCUGCCUAUUUUCGCCAAGCGGAAAAUGGCGUUUAUGUUAGAAUGGCGUUGCUCACGGCACUUUUGGCCCCAUCAGUGAUGCAGCAAGCAAUAAAUGAACUUGUACUAAAAUUGAAAUCAUAUAUCAUAAUGUCGGCUACUGCUGCUGCUACUGCUGUUAAAACUCUUCGUUUUGCACCAGCUGUUAAAGAAUUACGUCUACAUUUAUGUCAGACAUCGUCAACAAGUAAAGGUGUACGAGAUUUUAUUGAAAAAUUUUAUGUUAAUAUCAAAAAACAAAAUCCUCAUACACCAUUACUUAUACGUGAAUGUAGUGGAAUAUCGCCAUGUUUAUGGACACGUUAUGAUUUUGGUGUUGAAAAACAAAUACAAUUAGCAGGAAUGAAUGCUGAACAAGUACUGAAUGCUAUUGAAAAAUUAGCAACAAAAACAAAAUAA